AUGAGCGAUCCCUCAAAUAAUAAAAAUGAUAGUAAUAUAGACCUUUAUAAAAAUAUAAAUCCCAAAAAUUUUGAAAAUAUAGAAAUACCCAAUAGAGAACAAUUCCAAAAUUUUCAGCAACAUAAUAAUUAUUUUCAACAACAACAACAACCUUCAUCACAUAAUAGUUAUCAACCCCAUCGACAACAAUUUAAUCCAUAUGGUAAUAGGGAUACAAGUUACAAUCCAUACAAAAAAGAUAGAGAUAACUAUAAUAAUAAUAGUGGUGGUGGUGGUAGUAGUAUUCGUCAACAACAACAGUUACAUUUUAUAAAGAAACAAAAUGAAAUUGUAUCAUCUCACUAUGAUAAUAAACAAAAUACACCAAUUCAUAUAAGAGCACAAAGUAAAAUCAUAUCAUUAAAGAAUAUAAAUAAUUGGGUUAAAUCAAUGUUAAUUCAAGAAUACUCUAAACCAAAUACAAUAGUUUUCGAUAUUUGUGGUGGCAAGUUAGGUGAUUUACAAAAAUGGAUAAAAGCACAAAUUAAAUCAUUGAUUGUAUCAGAUAUUUCUUUAGAAUCUUUAAAACAUGGUCUUGAGAGAUACAAUCAAAAAUUAAAUUAUAUUCAUUUCAAUAUAACAAUGAUUGCAGUUGAUUGCUUUUCUUCAAAAUUAUUAGAUGUUUUUCCAAAGCAACCCUCAUCGAAUAAAUUAAAAAAUAAAAAAAAGAAAAUAAAUAAUAAUAAUAAUGAGGAGGAUAAUUCAAGUGAAUCUGAAAAUGAACAAGAAGAUGAAGAUGAUGAUGAUGAUUAUGAAAAUGAGGAAUUAUUAAAAGUUAAUUUAGUUAGUUGUCAAUUCGCUUUACAUUAUUCAUUUAGAACUGAAGAAAGUGCAAGAUCUCUCUUAAAAAAUGUUUCUUCUGUUUUAGAAGAUGGUGGUCAUUUCAUUGGUACAAUACCAAAUUCUUGUUUAAUUGUGAAAAAAUUAAGAGAAUCAAAAAGUAAUAAAUUUGGGAAUGAAGUUUUUAAAAUUGAAUUUAAAGAAAAAGAACCAAAUUUUAGUGCAUUUGGAUGUGCAUAUAAUUUUUUUUUAGAGGAUGCAAUUGACUUUUUAGAAGAGUAUUUAGUUCACAUUGAUGUUUUAAUUGAAUUGGCAAGAGAUUAUCAAUUAGAAAUAGUUUCACAUUCAAAUUUUCAUAAUUUAAUCUAUGAAAAAUCAAAAUCAAAACCAUCACAUGAUUUACUUAGAAAAAUGAAUUGUUUUAAUUCAAAUAAUACAAUUUCACAAGCUGAAUGGGAUGCAUUAGGAAUUUAUAAAACUUUUGUUUUUAAGAAAAUUGGUAAUGGUGAAAAUAGUAAUAAUAAUAAUAAUAAUAAUAAUAAUAAUAAUAAUAGUAAUAAUAAUGAUUACAAAGCAAAAAGUUUAUCAAAUGAUGAUAUAAUUGUAAAUUUAUAA